AUGUCGUCAAACCAAUCCGCCUUCGUAGACGGCAAAGACCUUCCGCUUCGUAUUGCUGCCAGCUCUAUACCGGAGCCUGGACCCAACGAUAUCAUCGUCAAGAAUCAUGCCGUCGCCGUCAACACCAUCGAUCCUGCUCAAGCCUCCGGCUUCAACGUCAAGAAAUUCCCAACAGUCCUGGGCAUGGACCUAGCAGGCGAAGUCCAUGAAGUCGGCUCGUCCGUCACGAAAUUCAAGAAAGGCGAUCGUGUCAUCGGUCAUGCGUGGCAAUUUACCACUGGUGCGUGGGAGGACGGAGCGUUCAGCCUCUAUCCUCGCAUUCCAGCUGCUAAUGCUGCGAUCUUGCCCAGCGACAUCGCAUUCACGGUUGGUGUCGUCUUGCCAUUAGCCAUCGAUACAGCGGCCGGAGGACUAUAUCAGCCAGGAUACAUGGGCCUGGACUUCCCUAACAUCGACACGCAACCCAACAGCAAAGGCGAAGUCGUCGUGGUCUACGGUGGCUCAACUUCUGUCGGUGCUGCCGCUAUCCAGCUUGCAGUAGCUGCGGGAUACAGAGCCAUCGUCACCUGUAGCCCGGAGAACUUCGACCUGUGCCGGGAAUGCGGCGCUAGCGACAUCUUCGACUACAAGAGUCCAACCAUCGCAAACGACAUUGCAGCGGCUGUCGGGGCGGACAAGUUCAAAGGCCUGUACAACGCCAUCGGCAUUCCAGAAUCUUUCAAGGUGGUCACGCCAAUCGUGGAGAAGCUAGGCGGAGGAUUCGUGGCCAACACUAAGCCGCCUCCUCAAGAUCUCCCAGCGAGUGUGACAGUCAAGUUCGUGCUUGGCGUGAACGAGUUCGUAUUCCCUGUCUGGAAGGACUUCGUCACCAAGGGUCUGCAGAGUGGAAAGCUGCAGUGUCUGCCAAAGCCGACGAUCGUUGGGAAAGGCUUGGAGAGUUUGCAAAAGGCUUUCGAGGUGAGAAAUGGAGAUGUCAGGGCUACGAAAGUGGUCGUAGAGUUGUGA